CGGCCUUUAAAAGCGCGAGGUUUGAAUGUAAUGGGAAAGUAGUGAUUGACGGAGCCUGAAAGCCCGGAGUGGAACCGGCUGUGGACUGGUGAGAAUGGAGAAAUCUGUGAAGGAGAAUCUCGGCGGGGGGUCUGGCUGCAACCUGAAGGGUUUGCACUCCAUGUCUGAUGGCCCCAAACGGAUUCCGGUGGCUGCGCAGCAGCGAAGUGCCCAGGUCAGGCCACCUGGAACUUCAGCAUUAGCCCAACGCGUUCUGUGUCCUUCAAAAGGACCCCAACAAAUUCAGACUCAAAAGCCAGGUCUAGCCAAUCAGAAGCCGUUAAAUCAGCCAACGAGCAACUCUGCCCAUCUGCGGCCUGCGAGUCGGGUUCCACCCACGUGCAAGCCUCAUCCGCCUAAUGAGAACCACGAGCCGGCGCAGGCCAGCUCAUCAGCCGCUCCUUCUCUGGAAAAGAGAGGAAAUCCUGAGCAGAAUAAUCCCGCCGGCACCGCAAAUGACGAGACCAAAAAGAGGCAGUGGUGUCUGGAAGACUUUGAGAUCGGCCGUCCGUUGGGUAAAGGGAAGUUUGGAAACGUGUACCUGGCGCGUGAGCGGCAGAGUAAAUUCAUCCUGGCGCUGAAGGUUCUCUUUAAAUCCCAGCUGGAGAAGGCUGGCGUGGAGCACCAGCUGCGCAGGGAAGUGGAAAUCCAGUCCCACCUGAGGCAUCCCAAUAUUCUCCGGCUCUACGGCUAUUUCCAUGAUGCCACCAGAGUCUACCUGAUCCUGGACUAUGCGCCUCGCGGGGAGAUCUACCGGGAGCUGCAGAGAUGCUCCAAGUUUGAUGACCAAAAAACUGCUACGUACAUCACGGAGCUGGCAGAUGCGCUCUUGUAUUGCCACUCCAAGAAAGUGAUUCACCGCGACAUUAAGCCGGAGAACCUGCUGCUUGGCUCCAAUGGAGAACUGAAGAUAGCUGAUUUUGGCUGGUCUGUGCAUGCGCCGUCAUCCAGGAGAACCACCCUGUGUGGGACCCUGGACUACCUGCCCCCUGAGAUGAUUGAGGGCCGCAUGCAUGAUGAGAAGGUCGACCUGUGGAGCCUCGGUGUUCUCUGUUACGAGUUUCUUGUUGGGAAGCCGCCGUUUGAAACGGAAACUCACCAAGAGACAUACAGACGAAUUUCUAAGGUUGAAUAUCAGUUUCCUCCAUUUGUGUCGGAGGGAGCGCGAGAUCUCAUCUCCAAGCUGCUGAAGCAUAACCCCAACCACAGGCUGCCCCUCAAAGAUGUCCUGGAGCAUCCAUGGAUCGUGGAAAACUCCACCAAGCAUCCACAGAGGAAACAGGAGCCCCCCAGAGGAGCGGCGACUCAGUAACACUGCGAGGGCUCAGUGAUACUUCAACUGUGAGAGCGCAUCGUAUUUUGCACCCGCCGAGUCCGCGUCCCGAACACUUCAGGGGUUUUCAUGCCGCUUGGGGCUCGGUCUCGUUACUGAUAACCGUCGGCUGCCGUUCGUUUAGCAGCCGCAUGUGAAACUUGAAAGCCAUUCAAACAAAUCCCUGCUGAGUAAACUCCCCGAAGUGCUGUCAGAGAAGCCACGUUUCAGUAGCGCGGAUUUCCCGUGACAUCACUACACGCCUCUGUGUGCCGAUAUCCCGACGCCAUGGAUGAUCUGCCGACGGGGGGGCUUCUUGUGUGGUGACUUCACAGGAUUCUAGACUCGUUGCUGCGUCUGGAUAGACAUUUAACCCCUGCCGCUGCGUCUUCUGGUCCUGAAGCUAAUUCUGGGCAGUGUGAGUGGGGCUUAAUCCGGCCGAAGUGAAGCACUGUGAUCUGAGCGGGCGGCCGGUGCGAUAUCUGGACGCUAGCGUGUAUUUAUUGGGCUGAUGCUGUCACCAGGUGGCCCGGCUGCUUGUAGUGGGAGUGAAUGGGUGAGGCUGCUUACUACACUUAAAGUGAAAGAAUGUCAAGCAUAUUUACAUGUUCCAUGUCUUGUUCUGAAAUACUUUUAAUAAAUAAAUGUAAAUCCUC